AUGGGACCCUCAGAGCUCAUAGACCGUGCCACGUGGGUCCAGUGCUGGCUCCAUGCUGUUCCACGCCGUCGACCCAACUUGACCCUCACACUCAGACACUCACUCACACCCGUCUCCGAGAGCGACAGUUGGGCCCUUCACCUCUCAGGCACUCACUCGCACUUCUCCUCGAGAGAGCGACCCCCUUGGCCCUCCACCCCUCAGCACUCACUCACACCCUCUCGAGAGCGACCCGAACUUGGCCCUCCCCCUCAGGCACUCACUCACACCCUCUCCGAGAGCGACCCAGCUUUGGCCCUUACACCCAGCACUCACUCACCACCCUCGCGAGGUAGCGAACUCCAGUGCCCUUCACACGACAGGACACAGGACAGCGACCAGCUUGGGCACACUCGGCACUCAGGAGCUUGGCCUCCUCACACUCACUCACACCCUCUCCGAGACAGCCGGCUCAUCACCCUCAGCGACCAGCAGACUCUGACAGGACCAGUUGGCCACUCACCCUCAGUCACAAACACCCUCUCCGAGAGCGACCCAGCUUGGCCCUCACCCUCAGGCACUCACUCACACCCUCUCCGAGAGCGACCAGCUUGGCUCACCUUGGCCCUCACCUCAGGCACUCACUCACACCUCUCCGACAGCGACCCAGCUUGGCCCUCACACUCAGGCACUCACUCACACCCUCUCCGAGAGCGGACCCAACUUGGCCCUCCCCCUCAGGCACUCCACUCACACCCUCUCCGAGAGCGACCCAGCUUGGCCCUCACCCUCAAGGCACUCACUCACACCUCUCCGAGAGCGACCCACUUGGCCCUCACACUCAGAACACUCACUCACAGACCUCUCCGACAGCGACCCCAGCUUGGCCCUCACCUCAGGCACUCACUCACACCCUCUCCGACAGCGACCAGCUUGGCCUCACCCCUCAGGCACUCACUCACACCCUCUCCGAGAGCGACCCAGCUUGGCCCUCACACUCAGACACUCACUCACACCCUCUCCGAGAGCGACCCAGCUUGGCCCUCACCCUCAGACACUCACUCACACCCUCUCCGACAGCGACCCAGCUUCACCCUCAUCACUCGCACCUCCCUCACGAGAGCGACCCAGCUCACCCUCAGGCACUCAGACACUCCUCCUCCGAGAGCGACCAGCUUCCGGCCUCUCAGCUCUUCACCCUCAGCCAACUCACUCAGAGCGGACCCCAGCUUGGCUCACGAGACUCAACUCGAGAGCGACCGUCAACUUCCUCGAGAGCGACCCAGCUUGGCCCUCACCCUCAGGCACUCACUCACACCCUCUCCGAGAGCGACCCAGCUUGACCUCAUGUCAACUCACACCCUCUCCGAAGCGACCCAGCUUGGCCCUCACCCAAGCUCACUCACACCUCUCGAUCCCUCACCUCAGACACUCACUCACACCCUCUCCGAGAGCGACCCAGCUUCUCCGUUGACCGCCUCCAGCUGCGAACGUCACCGGCCAUCGCGCCACGUAACUAACCAGUCUCGCAUCGUGUUUAUUCCUACUCGUGUGUAA